AUGCGGGAUAUCUUGAUACGCCAAGAACGCUCGCUGUUGGCCGUGAGCAACAAUUCAAUACGGAAUUCUUUUUGUCUAUCCUCGUGGGUUGCACGCAGAGUGGGGGACCACGUGACUCUAGGGGUUCGCGCGUUAUAUUAUGCCGCUGCCCAUAAUUCCUCCUCUUUAUUCCCGAUUGAUAUCCCCCACAAGCGGGUGCUUGAGCCACACGGUACCACCGAGCUCUCAAUAAACGACAUUAUGACCGAAGUUAGCGAAGGAAGCAUUACCAAGGGUAGCGUAGCCAAGAGGUUGAGCAAUGAGCUUAUGUCUCUAAUGAUGUCAAGUUCCCCUGGGAUUUCCGCAUUUCCCCGAAGCGACUCGAACAUGUUUGAAUGGAUAGGCACUAUUGAAGGUCCUCCCAGCUCUGUAUACGAACACCUCACGUUUAAGAUUACCCUUUCUUUCCCGCCCACAUAUCCCUACACGGCUCCCAGCGUUCGAUUUGAUCCGGAUACGCCUUGUUACCAUCCUAACGUGGAUCUGCAAGGUGGUAUUUGCUUGGAUAUUCUCAAGGACAAGUGGUCUGCGAUUUAUAGCGUCCAUACAAUACUCUUGUCACUUCAGUCAUUGCUUGGGGAACCCAACAAUGAGUCGCCGUUGAAUCUUGAGGCGGCUGAAUUGUGGAAUAACCAAAAGGCGUUCAAAACACAACUCAUGAGGACCUAUAGGCCAAUUUCCGGCUCUUAA